AUGGGCCAAUUUAGAAAUGAAUUGGCCUUAGUGCUAUGCAACAGAGGAACCACCAGAGAAGCUAAAAGAGGGCGUCCUAGUACCCGUGUACUAGAAGAAGAAUUAGAAUCAAAAAAAGAAAAGGCCAGAACGAUUUCUAUCCUGAGUGACUCGAAAUCAUCUCUCCUGGCCGUAACAGGGGCUUAUUCAAACCAUAAUCUAGUUUGCGCAGCAAGAAAGCUAAUUACACUAUGCAAAGAAUCUGGAAAACAUAUUGAGCUACUGUGGGUUGAGGCGCACGCAGAAGCAGCUCUUUACCUAACUGAAGAACCGCACUAUAAACCCUGUCCAAUCUCUUACGCUAAGAAAUUAAUAAGGACGAAAACGAAAACUGAGUGGCACGAAAGGUAUAGCAAGUCCGAAACGGCUACAGUAACAAAGCUCCUUUUUCCUUGCCCCUCAUCAGCCUUUAAAUAA